AUCAAAGCAAAGCAGUGUUUCGGAAGGAGAGCUUUUUUGCUUAUUUUUCGAAAAUCUAAUAAAAUUCUGAGAUUCCCUGUGAUUUUUUAUAAUGUGACUUCUUCCAAAGUAGUGUGUGGUUUGAGUAAUGUGAAUUCGUUUUAUGAUCGAGUCUUCAUUGUGGAAAUUUGAUUGUGCGUCGACAUCGUCAUGUACUUAUGUUGGAGAAUUCCCAAAUAGACGUUUUAUGUCGGGGCCGUGUAUAAAAAUAACAUUGAAGUGUCGCGACGGGUCGGUAUAAGUUGUGUGGCGUGAUCAAUCCUCAGCUAUGGGCGCGGAAACCUCCCCGCGACCAUUUAUUCGUAUCACCUUGCUGUUGCUCGGUCUCCAUGCAUCAACAUUAGCAGCACCUCCAGCUGAGGAGUCCAAUCCUCCACGAACUAAAGGGGAUGGCAUAGAAACACAUUACUGUGCCUUUUACAAUGAGUCUCAGCCCCUGCCCUGCAGCCCCAGCGAGGACCCAACGUGCGUGCCGGCGCCCCCGGAGCGCGAGGAGUGCGCCCCCAUGGAGGCCGACAAGAGCAACCACUGCUUCGUACUGUGGCACUAUAACAACAUCACCGGAACAGCAGUUGUCAAGUUCAAGGGUUGUUUCUUGGACACAGUUGCAUGCAAUGACAGAACAUCAAGCUGUCGGCUCCACAAUGUAAAGACAACCCUACUGCACUGCUGCUGUGAAGGAGACAUGUGCAAUGCCAAUGCCACCUUCCCAGGACUAGAGGCAGGGAUGACCCCUAGCACUGAAUUACCACCUGAAAAAAUACCUGCAUCACCAGCAUCAUCAGGAGAAGAUGACACUAAAGCUGUGAUUGCAUACACACUGACCCCUCUGUUCUUGCUGGCAGGAGUGUUGGUUGGAUGCUACUUGCUGUACAGAAAGCGAAAGGGCAGUUCCUUUGCUGAGCUAGCCAAUGGGGAGGCCUCAUUGUCCCGGCCUCCAUCUGCUGGUGGUGGGUUGGACAAUGAGUCGGGAGUGCUGGUCAGUCAAGUGAGUCUGUGUGAGGUGAGGGCCAGGGGAAGGUUUGGAGCCGUGUGGAGAGCCAAACUCGGCAGCCGGGAUGUGGCAGUGAAGGUGUUCCCUCUGCAAGACAAGCAGUCCUGGGUGGCGGAGCAGGAGAUCUUCCGCCUCCAGCGCAUGGACCACCCUGACAUCCUGCACUACAUUGGAGUUGAUAAGAAAGGAGACAACUUGCAAGCUGAAUAUUGGCUUGUCACUGCAUAUCAUGAAAAGGGCUCCCUAUGCGACUACCUCAAAGCCCACACCCUAACCUGGGCGGAGGCGUGGCGCAUCGCGGCCUGCGUGUCCCGCGGCCUGGCGCACCUACAUGAGGAGGGCGGCGGCAAGCCCGCCGUCGCACACCGCGACUUCAAGUCCAAGAACGUCCUCCUCAAAGCAGACAUGAGCGCGUGUAUAGCAGACUUCGGGCUAGCUUUAGUCUUCCUACCUGGCCGCGGCUGUGGUGAUGCCCAUGGGCAAGUGGGGACCAGGAGAUACAUGGCUCCUGAGGUGCUGGAUGGAGCUAUCAACUUCACUAAAGACGCGUUCUUGAGGAUCGAUAUGUAUGCGUGUGCGUUGGUGUUGUGGGAGAUUGCGUCUAGAUGCGACGAGGGUCCGCUCCAAGCGUCGCAGUACCGUCUCCCUCUGGAGGAAGAAGUCGGAGCGCACCCCAGCCUAGAGGACAUGCAGGACGCGGUCGUCAUCCGGAAACUGCGGCCCCACAUACCGCAGAACUGGAGGGAGCAUCCGGGCCUGGCCGUCCUCGCCGACACCAUGGAAGAGUGCUGGGACCACGACGCGGAGGCCCGCCUCUCAGCCUCUUGCGUGCUAGAACGAGUGGUCUGCCAGCGAGCCGCCCCGCCCGUCGACACCGCUCCGCUGCUCAUACACGAGCUGGCCAAUCAGAACUGCUGACAUACGGACCUUAUGCUGCUGGAUUAAAGAGGUCAGCGUGUAAAGACUUUUCGGCAGUGAUUUGGUGUACCUCUGAAUUUGGGAGGGUAGCGUUUGUGGGAGAGUGAAAGGAUUUGUUUGUGGGUAAUUAAACAGGUACAUGGUAAGGGUGGGUAGCUAGUCUUUACAGACUAUUCAGAUACUCUAUCGGGAAUCAAUUGGGUAACAAUGAAAAGGUAUGUGGCUGGAUUUAUGAAGCCAAUGAAUGUUUCCAAGUUAUGGUCUGUUGGAACUGGUAUUUCCAGUAAAUCUGUAUGUGUGUUGAAUGUAAAUGUGGGGUACAGAAACUAUCAUCUAUUUUAAUUGUAAAAGCAUGUCAUGAAUAGGUUCGGUCAUCUAACCUACUGCAAUAAAGAGCAUGUUUGUACUAGUACAUAUUAAUAUUUAGUCAUUUUCUUCGGAGUGUCGUAUGGCGACAGUGAUAUAUGUUGGCGAAUGGAAUUCUUAGAGAAAUUAAAUGUCCUGAAGUGAACUUAUAGAGCACAUCUAGUUAGAAAAUAUAUGAAUUUAUACCUACAAAUGUGAUGUAUAAACUAAAGCAUUUCUGAAAAUCUAUCCUAUGUUAAUAUGAGAGACAUAAUCAAAUGUUAAAAUGCACUGAAAUCGUAACAGAUCAAAGAUAAAUCUAACUUUACCAACUAGCAAAUGAUCCAUUGUGUCACAAACCAGUCUAUAGAGAUCUAGGUCAUAGGUUAGGUCACGAGCUCUCCCGGAGCUGAGUACAUACAUACAUUAUAUGCUCACCCAUAUGAUACUAACUAUGUAUGUAGCUAUGGUAUAGAUUUUCUCUAAUAGUAUUGAUCCGUUCCUGUGCGGAUUAUAGUCUGAAGAUCCUAAAUGCUCCAAUGCAAUAAGAAUAAAGUACCUACCUAAUAAGAUUUAAGGUGAUGCUCGAUCAAUAAACAUUCAGUUGCUGGUCAAUAGCCUUGUAUUUAUUACAGUCAUGAACUUGAGAGUCAGUUAGAGCCGCCUGUCUAUGUAAAUCUUCUAGUAAGAUUCUGAUACAGAUGGGAUGUUUGUUUAGGUCCCGUGCAUUGAAGAGGACUUAUUUUCUCAAAAUUACCAUACUUGAAUAAUGUAUUUAUGUUCCUUUGUUAUCUAUUCGUAAUCACUAACACGAUGUGUUUCAUAUUAGCCUUAUUUUAUAUGACUCUAGUAAUUUGCGUUUGGCCACGUUUUAUUAUUAAAAAUCCUUUGUAAAGUCCAUAAAUAUAUGAAUAUUGAAUAGUGUCGUUGGUGAAAAAUAAGCGAAGCUAUCUUUAAAGUACUUUCGCAAUUAUCAAAAUCCACUAAAGUAUUGACUUACUUACCUUUCUCGAUUCUCGGUGAUGUGAAUUCACAAAUCGCUAGCAGGUCGGCGCUAAGGCGGCGGGCACACUGAUAGCGCUCUUUUUCGUACUCACAGCCUUAGGGUCCAUUCACACAGCCACCGUUUUUAUCGUGUUAUGUCCUACUUGGCUAUACGUGUUUUUUGUUUAUGUAUCAUCUGAUAGCAUCAGUACAUUCACCAAAAUUAUUAUCAAUUUUGCCUACAUGUAUGGUUUUUUGACAAAUACAGCAAACAUCCAAUAACAAAUACGUAUAGCCAAGCGUGGUGCCAGAAUUAUGUUUUUAUUCGGCAGUGGCAAAUUGAGUUAUAAUUGUUAUAAACGACCCCAUUACUGUAUAUAGGUACUGUAUGCAAUGCAAACCGUCACUGCCAUGUAAAAUAUCUGCAAAACGGAUGCUGUGGUAAUGAACCUAUACAUGAAUUUUUAUUUUUAUAGAAAUAUGAAUGAUUAUAAUAUCAAAGUUUAUUUUGAACCUACAAAUUAUAAGCAAAUAAUUAACUUGUAAGUAGUACCGGGUGUAAGCUGUAAAUAUUAGAAAAAUAUAUUUUGUAAACAUUUAAACCAGUCCAAUAACAUUAUAUUCAUUAUAGUUUUAUAAACUUAUCUUUCGGUUUUACAAUUCUUUGUAUUUUUGUGGAAUUAAUCAUAAUAAAAAAGUAUCAUUCUAAUUGAAAAUAAAAUUUUGCAUAAACAUAUUAUACUGCAAAGCUAGUGAUCUGCAUAGUGCUUUUAUUACAUAAUGUAGUUUAUCUUACUAAUGUUUUUGAUACGAUAUUUUGGUAUUAUUUCCUAAGUAAACAAAUUUGUUAUUGAGGGUUUAGAAUAAUUCUUUUAACGUAGUAUUAUGGAAAUCUUGACUAAAUUAUUUUGACUAGAUGUUUAGUAAAUUUUUUUACAACAUAUUUUAUAUAAUUGACCCCCAUAUUAAUUAUAGUAAGACUGGGAAUUUAUAUUUAAUUGACUAUUUAUUUGGUAUAGUACCUAGGUAUUUGGUCGGCCACUGAGCCAUACAAAGUUUGAUCCUAAUAGAUACGUAAUGAUUCUAGGUAUUUUAAGUUACGAACCACAAACGGCGCCGUCAGAUUUUACACAAAUAGUUUGUUUUGGUCAAUUAAAUGUAUCGAAAAGUCAUCGAAGUAAUACACUGGGGUAAAAACCUAAUGAAUUAUGUUGAAGCGCCUAUUUAGUGUAUUUUUAAUGGCUUAGUAAUAUUGUGUCUUAGCAACGCUAACACUCGCAUGAACUGUGCUAGCUAAAGCAACGUAAAUUAUAUCAUCUAACACAUUGUGAUUGACUAAGCAUAUAUUGUUAUUAUAUCAAAGGGAAUUUAUUUUUUCCUAUGCCGAGCGCAUAUCACCAUACUUAGGCUAAGUAAAAAGUUGCCAAAUGUAAAUAUUUGUUGUAAGUUAGCUCAUAGUUUUUACUAUUGAUGGUUGUCAGUGUUUUAGACUGUGUACAUGCACGUGAAUGUAUUAAUGGACUUAGAAUUUAUAUUAAAUCAUUCUGGAUUGGUUAAAUUUCUCAAAUACCUACUAAGAAUAUAUUUUUAAUUCAUUGAUCGGUCCCUAGGUAUUGAUUGGUCUUCUGUCUUAACUGAUCGACGACGUACAACUUGAUAAUUAGAACGUUUUGGAGAGGGACUCUAUAUUUACGCAAACGAUAUUUCAGAGCGACACGACCACGACAGCUGUCUGAAAUUUGGUAUUUCGUCAAAAGUAGCCCACCAGGUACCUAUAAUCAAUGAUCAUCACAAAAUGUCACACAAGUACACGGUGUUAGUAUAAAACUUUUGAGAUUAAAAUUAGAGUUGUUUAGCAUUAUUAUAGAAAUAAACGAGAGCAAGUAAACUGUUUUAAAAUAUCCUUGUCUUGAAUGUAGGGGUGUGUUUGGGGAAAUCCUAUGGAUAAUAUGUUAUGUAUGUAUUUUAAAUAGGAAGUCUUGCGUAGGUAUUUAUAAGCAUAGAAUGACGACAUCAACAUUGGAGUUUCUGGUUGCUGCAUGAUGUUGCCAUCUCUGCGUUUACAUAAUACCAGAAAAAAUACAUUUAUUAUUAUGUGAUUGCCUUUGUGAUGCAAUAUUUGAAUGAAAUUAUUAAAAAUGUAUACUAAGUAUAGAUUGUUUUGUAGGAAUCUUGAAACAGUUUCACUGUAUCUCUAAUAGCAUAAGUAUGAAAAUUAUGUGUAGUGAAAUAACAAAUCUAACACAACUUUAAUCAACAUUGAAUGUCUGUUGAGUUACUGUAACGAAAUAUAUUUUCUAGAGAA